GUAUUGUUUGUUUAAACAGGACAUAGAGGUCAGGUUACUUACAUUUCUUCCUGUAAAAAUGAGCAUAUUUGUACAGAUGAUAUGAUCUGUACAUUUUAGUAUUUUAUUUGAAGUUCUUCUUUGUGUUGACCAUGUGAAUGCCUGUUGAUAACAGGAAUCAACACAGAAACAAACAGAAAACCUUUUUUGACUUUAAAUAUGUGAUGAAUGAACAGAAUAUUCAGAUCUUUACCUAUUUUAUAAUUGCACCAUUAGCGCUUGAGUUGUUGAACUGUGAAUGGUUAAGGUAGGAGCCUUAUUCACUCUUUUUGUUGCAUAAAAAGAUGUAUGUUAUUUAUCAUUAUAGUUAGUAUUAUUGUUUAAUUUAAUAAAAUAAUGUAAUAUAUUUUCAGAUAAUUUCAAGUAUUUUUUUUAUUUAUUUUGUGUUUAAAUGAAUACAAUUUUUUUUGGGCAAGUUGUCAAACUGAACUGCCUUCAUAGUUGAAUCAUUAAUCAGAGGAUCAAUACUAAUGUUUUUCAAGGACCUCCUUUAGCUUGAGAUUCCCCUUUAAAGAGACCAGAUUGAAAAGUCCAUAUUCAUUGUCUGGAUGACCGGUCAUCAUCAUGGCUCUAGUUAGUUGUAUUUGGAAAGGGCUCCUUCUAGUCUCCUUCCUCCACAUCUCUGUCAAUGGACAAACGUCAGGGCCAUUUUUUAUGGUGACAUUUCCUGCAUUGAUUCAGUCAGGAUCUGAGGCCAAACUGUGUGCAAGUCUUCUUAAGCCCAAUGAGAGCCUUGUAAUGAACAUUUAUCUGGUUAAUGGUAACCAGAGCACAUUACUGCUGAAGGAGAGAACUAAUAAAGAGUUUCACCGCUGUUUUAACUUCCAGGCUCCACUGACAGAAGCAGAUUCAGUGAGGAAAAUGAAAGUAGAAAUUCAAGGAGAGACUUUUGAGAUGAUUGAAGAACGAAAAGUCAUGUUCAGACAUUACCAUCCUUUGACCUUUAUCCAGACUGAUAAACCCAUCUAUAUGCCAGGACAAACAGUGCAAUUCAGAGUUGUUACCAUGGAUACAAAUUUUGUACCCCUUGAUCAGCAGUAUAGUACAGUGGUGCUUCAGGACAGUCAUCAGAACAGGAUUGGUCAAUGGACAAAUAUUUCCUCAACAAAGUGGAUAUUGCAGCGUUCUUAUGAAUUAAACCCAGAGGCUCGUCAAGGCAUGUACACACUGAAGGCUUUUAUUGGUGAAAGACUAAUCACACAUGAUUUUGAGGUGAAAAAGUAUGUUUUGCCAAAGUUUGAAGUUAAGGUAUCAACACCAAAUACAGUGUGUGUGGAUGAUGAGGAUAUGACAAUUGAGGUUUGCGGAAAGUACACUUAUGGUCAGCCUGUACCUGGUAAAUCAUGGAUGAAAGUGUGUCGUAAUCCAUCACAUUACCAUUCUGGCAGCGACAUCAUUCCACUGUGUUUCAUUGAAACCUUUGAGAUGAAAAAAACAGGAUGUGCCUCUCACACCUUCAAUGCAUCUGCCUUUAUGAACUCUACACUAAAUGAUCAACUGCAAAAUUAUCUUGAAGUGGAAGUGAAAGUAACAGAAGAAGGAACAGAGACCAUCAUGACAAAAUCCGAAACUGUAUCUCUCACUUAUGAAAUCGGCAAUGUUGUAUUAACCGACCUACCCAAAACAUUUGUACAUGGAUCAGUUAUAGAAGGAAAAGUCAAACUUACAAAUUUCAAAGGAGCACCAAUUCAUAACAAAGUAGUAUAUGUUUCUGAGGGUGAAAAUUGGUCCCCGCACCUGUUGCUAAAUCUUACUACAGACAACAACGGACUCGCCAGCUUUUCACUUAAUACAUCUAGUCUUCAUAACUAUGACAUUAAUCUGAUGGCAAGUGUAUACCCAGAGUUUUAUAUUCCUGGCUACAACAAGCCUCACUUCUCUACGGAUAAUAAAAUAGUUCAGAUUUUCCAGCCAGCCACUCCUCACACCCCAACAUUAAGUGAAUUGACUAUAGAGAAUCUUAAUCAACCAUUAAAAUGUGAUGCUGAAUUUCCAGUUAUCAUUAAGUAUUAUUUUGUUGGAGAGACUGUUGAUGACUUCAAAACUGACAUUGUCUACAUGGUCUUGUCCAGAGGAGUGAUAAUUCAUCAUGGAUUUGAGAAGGUUGAAGUGAACGCUUCAAAUGGAAUAUCAAGUGGCUCAGUGUCAUUCAAACUGUCUGUUGAUGGUGAUCUGGCUCCAGUAGUGCAGAUUCUGGCAUACUGUGUUCUACCCAGUGAGAAUGUAGUUGCUGAGAGUAUAAAUUUCAACAUUGAACAGUGUUUCCGAAACAAGGUGUCCCUGCAGUUUUCUCCAGCUAAAGCAGUUCCAGGUGAAGAAAAUACUCUACAGCUCUCAGCUGAACCUGGUUCACUGUGUGGCCUCAGUGCUAUAGAUCAGAGUGUAUUGAUCCUGGAGUCAGGAAAACGGCUGAACACAAAAAAGAUCUUCAGCAUGCUUCCAGUGCAGUCAGUCUCAAAUUAUCCUUAUGGAGCUGAAGAUGAGCAACAGUGUUUGCAUGUCAGACCCCGGCGAGCUGUGCCAACAGACCACGCCUAUGAAUCCUUAAAGAAAGUGGGAUUGAAGAUGGCAACAAAUUUGGCUGUGCGAGAACCUCAGUGUGUGACAUAUAGGGGCUUGACUUAUCACAGAUACCACGUUGGAGUGAUGCAUGAUUAUCGUCUCCAUCCAGUUGAAAUUCUUGGGAUGAGGGGGAGUUCAGGUAGACUUGAUGCAUCAGCUGAAGUAACAGUUCGGACCAUAUUUCCAGAAACAUGGAUAUGGCAACUUGCUGAAGUUGGAGACUCUGGAUCGACACAGGUUCCUGUCAAGGUUCCUGACACCAUCACCACUUGGGAGACGGAGGCUUUUUGUCUGUCCUCCAAAGGUCUGGGUCUAGCUCCUCCUGCUCAGCUGACCGUUUUCCAGCCCUUCUUCCUGGAGCUCUCACUGCCUUACUCCAUCAUCCGUGGGGAGAUAUUUGAGCUGAAGGCCACUGUCUUCAACUAUCUGCCCAAGUGUAUCAUGGUUAAAGUAACUCCAGCUCAUUCUUCAGACUACACUCUUAAAGCCUCCUCUGAUGAUCAGUAUUCAUCCUGUUUAUGUGCUAACGGAAGAAAAACCUUUAAAUGGAUUCUCACUCCUUCCGCUCUCGGAGUCUUGAAUAUUACGGUCAGUGCAGAGGCAGAACAGUCCCAGACUGUGUGUGACAAUGAGAUUGUGAGCGUGCCAGAGAGAGGACGCAUUGACAUAGUUACACGAAGUCUGCUUGUACAGGCUGAAGGGACUGAAAAGACAGAGACCCACAGCUGGUUAAUGUGUUCAAAGGGAAACAGUCUCUCAGAGGAGGUGAAUCUGACUCUUCCCGAAGAUGUAAUAGAGGGAUCAGCAAGAUCGGCUGUUUCAGUCCUUGGAGACAUAUUGGGCCGCGCACUGCAGAAUCUUCAUGGAUUAUUACGGAUGCCAUAUGGCUGUGGAGAGCAGAACAUUGCUGUUCUUUCUCCCAAUAUUUACAUUCUACAGUACCUGGAGAACACUGAGCAGCUGACCUCAGCCGUUCGAGAGAGAGCCACCAGCUUCCUUAAGAGUGGAUACCAGCGACAACUGAACUACAAACAUUAUGAUGGUGCAUACAGCACUUUUGGCCGUGGUGAGGGGAAUACAUGGUUGACUGCGUUUGUCCUGAGGUCUUUUGGGAAAGCACAGAAAUACGUAUUUAUUGAUCCACAUAAUAUUCAGAGUGCAAAGCAAUGGUUGAUAAGCAGACAGAGUCAAGAUGGCUGUUUUAUGCAACAAGGAAGACUGUUCAACAACAGAAUGAAGGGUGGAGUAAAUGAUAAUGUGACCAUGACCACCUAUAUUACUGCAUCAUUGCUUGAACUGGAAACUCCAGUAACAGAUCCUGUAGUUUCCAAAGGUUUGUCAUGCUUGAGGUCCGUCAUUGGGAAUCUCAAAAACACUUACACCACUGCUCUGCUUGCCUACACUUUCAGUUUGGCUAGAGAGACGGACACUCGACAGCAGCUAUUAAAGGAGCUGGACAAUGUUGCUAUUUCAGAUGGAGGUCAUCUGCACUGGUCUCAAGUUGCAUCUGAUGAUGCGUCUGAUUCUCUGGCAGUGGAGAUCAGUUCAUAUGUGCUGCUAGCUGUUCUCACUACAGAUUCAGUCAAUACAGCUGAUCUGGGUUAUGCCAACAGGAUUGUCAGCUGGCUUGUGAAGCAGCAGAAUGCCUAUGGAGGAUUCUCCUCCACCCAGGACACAGUUGUGGCUCUUCAGGCUCUGUCUUUGUACGCCACUAAAGUGUUCAGCUCAGAUGGCUCCAGCACAGUGACUGUACAGUCUGCAGGAGACACUCACCACUUUGAUGUGAAUCAGGACAACAAGUUAUUGUACCAGGAGAGGCCACUGCAGAACGUUCCAGGCAAAUACAGUAUUGAAGUGAAGGGCUCCACCUGUGUGUCUGUGCAGAUGGCUCUGUUCUACAACAUGCCCACUCCAAGCAUAGAUAAAACAUUGAGUAUUGAAGCCAAGACUGAGGGAGAUUGUGAACAAUCAUCUGGACAAAAUUUCAUGUUGAAAUUUACUGUCAACUAUGAUGGUUCACAGACAAAAACUAACAUGGUCAUCGUGGACAUUAAACUGUUAUCAGGAUUUACAGCGGAUACGUCUUUGCUCGGAAGUCCUGCCAUAAAUCUGUAUGCACCAUUUGUGGAGCGGGUUGAUUCUAAAGACGAUCAUGUCCUUGUGUAUUUGAAGGAGGUUGAAAAAGGUUUUCCAAUGAACUACCAAAUACAAUUGAAACAGGUUGUUCCAGUGCAGAAUCUCAAGCCAGCUGUGAUCAAAAUCUACGAUUACUACCAAACAAGUGAUCAGUCAGAGAUCGAGUACUCCAUCCACUGUAACUAAGGUGUCGUGCUUCAGCUCUGCAGCCCCAUAGUACACCACGAAUAAAGAUAUUUGAACACACAAAUGUUUAACGUUCAUUUGUUUGUUCAGUCUUGUUUGUUUUUUAUCAUGUCAAAACUAUUUUCUACUUCAUGAAACACACUUUUAAGCCUUUAAAAGGUUCAAUUUGGCCUAUCAUGAGUGCCAUGAGAGAGGUUUGUUCACAGGGGUUUGCGUGAGAACAAAGCAAGUUCAGGUGUGCCACUGAAUGAGACACUCUUGAAGCUCACAUGAACA